AGAAGAAGUCCAGUAGGAGACGCAAAAGCGGCAUUAAACGCUAGAAGAAGAGAAGAAGAAGAAGACAAGAAUUUAUCUAUUUUCAUCAUGAGAGCAGGUGGAUGUGAUCUGCAGUAAAUCAGUAGGAACUGAUCUGUCCAUGCUGGAUAUUGAUGAUUUCAUCACAGAAAUCUCUCAGCUGAAGAAAGAGGUCACUGAAGACAAAACUGAUGGAGAGAGACGACAGGUUACAGGAGCUGGAAAAGGUUUCCUGUCAAUCUUCAGUGUGUGUGACUGAUGGGACCUCCACUGAAUGUCAGGAUUCAGUGUGGAGCGGCAGAGAUCAGUCCACACCACAGCGACUGCUGGACAAACUCUCUGAACAGAGAUCCAGAGACACACAGGACUCACAGCUCACUUUACUCUGUUCUACUGACAGUAAUCAGGGUGAUCAAACCUCCACAGAGUCUCUGACACCAGCGGAGAUUGAAGUGAAGCUGGAGGAGAUAAAAGAAGAGGAACAACAGAGUGAUGAAUAUGAUGAUGACGAUGAUGAUGACGAUGACGAUGAUGAUGAUGAUGUUGAUGAUCAAACCUCCACAGAGUCUCUGACUUCUGUCUGUAAUGCUGGAGAACAGCAGAUGCUGCAGACACCAGUGAAGAUGAAGAUGUGUUCAGUGAAGCUGCUGGACUGCAGGAACCUGAUGAAGAGGAGAGGAGAAAUCAAAGUAGAGGAACAACAGAGUAAUGAAGAUGAUGAUGAUGAUCAAAUCUCCACAGAGUUUCUGGCUUCUGUCUGUAACGCUGGAGAACAGCAGAUGCUGCCAGUGAAGAUCGAAGUGAAGCAGGAGGAGAUAAAAGAAGAGAACACAGUAGAGGAACAACAGGGAGAUGAAGAUGAUUAUUUUUCUUCAGAUCUGAUGGAAGCGAAAGAGAAAUGUCAAGAACUGAAUAAAGUGGAGGACCAACGUCAGUGUCAGAAACAUCAUGAUUUUAUAUCUGGAGAAAAAUCUUUGAGUUGCUCAAAGACUAAGAAGAAUUUAUCACCAGAAAAGCAGAAAAGAAAAACAGCCAAAAAUACUUUCACCUGCUCACAGUGUGGAAAGAUUUUCACAAAUAAGAUCUGGUUUAAUAAACACAUGAAAGUUCAUAUUGGAGAGAAACCUUACACGUGCCAUCAGUGUGGGAAAGGUUUUGCAUAUACAGUUUGUCUCAAAGGUCAUCUCCGCUCUCAUUCUGGAGAGAGACCAUUUAAAUGUGAUAAGUGUGGUAAAACAUUUGUUUUGAAUUCAAGCCUAAGAAAACAUCUGAAAACUCACACAGAUGAGAAGCCUUGCAAGUUUUCUUUUUGUGGAAACCGUUUUGCACAACUGUCCUAUUUGAAAAAGCACCAGAAAAUACAUACCGGUGUGGGGGCUCAUAUGUACUUUGAAUGUGGAAAGACCUUUACUACAGCCGGCAGCAUGAAACAGCACCAAAGAAUUCAUACUGGAGAAAAACCAUACAAGUGCUCACACUGUGGAAAGAGUUUCACUCAGUCAUAUGACCUGAAAACACACAAGAGAAUUCAUACUGGAGAAAAACCUUACAAGUGCUCACACUGUGAAAAGAGUUUCACUCAUUCACAUCACCUGAAAACACAUGAGAGAAUUCAUACUGGAGAAAAGUCUUACAAGUGCUCACACUGUGGAAAGAGUUUCACUCAGUCGUAUAACCUGAAAACACACGAGAGAAUUCAUACUGGAGAAAAUCCUUACAAGUGCUCACACUGUGAAAAGAGUUUCACUCAGUCGUAUAACCUGAAAAAACAUGAGAGAAUUCAUACUGGAGUAAAACCUUACAAGUGCUCUCACUGUGAAAAGAGUUUCACUCAGUCGUAUAACCUGAAAAAACAUGAGAGAAUUCAUACUGGAGAAAAACCAUACAAGUGCUCACACUGUGAAAAGAGUUUCACUCAGUCACAAUACCUGAAAAAACACGAGAGAAUCCAUACUGGAGAAAAACCAUACAAGUGCUCACACUGUGAAAAGAGUUUCACUCAUUCACAUCACCUGAAAACACACGAGAGAAUUCAUACUGGAGAAAAAUCUUACAAGUGCUCACACUGUGGAAAGAGUUUCACUCAGUCAUAUAACCUGAAAACACACGAGAGAAUUCAUACUGGAGAAAAAUCUUACAAGUGCUCACACUGUGAAAAGAGUUUCACUCAGUCGUAUAACCUGAAAAAACAUGAGAGAAUUCAUACUGGAGAAAAACCUUACAAGUGCUCUCACUGUGAAAAGAGUUUCACUCUGUCGUAUAACCUGAAAACACACGAGAGAAUUCAUACUGGAGAAAAUCCUUACAAGUGCUCACACUGUGAAAAGAGUUUCACUCUCAACCCCUACAUGAAACCGCACCAAAGAAUUCAUACUGGAGAAAAACCUUACAAGUGCUCACACUGUGGAAAGAGUUUCACUCAAUCACACAACCUGAAAACACACAAGAGAAUUCAUACUGGAGAGAAACCUUACAAGUGCUCACACUGUGGAAAGAGUUUCACUCAAUCACAAAACCUGAAAACACACGAGAGAAUUCAUACUGGAGAAAAACCUUGCAAGUGUUCACACUGUGAAAAGAGUUUCAUUCUGUCACAAAACCUGAAAGCACACGAGAGAAUUCAUACUGGAGAAAAACCUUACAAGUGCUCACACUGUGAAAAGAGUUUCACUCAGUCACAAGACCUAAAAAAACACAAGAGAAUUCAUACUGGAGAAAAACCUUACAAGUGCUCACACUGUGAAAAGAGUUUCCCUCAGUCACAAUACCUGAAAACACACGAGAGAAUUCAUACUGGAGAAAAACCUUACAAGUGCUCACAUUGUGAAAAGAGUUUCACUCUGUCAGAAAAUCUGAAAAAGCAUGAGAGAGUUCAUACUGGAGAAAAACCUUACAAGUGCUCACAUUGUGAAAAGAGUUUCACUCAGUCAGAAAACCUGAAAAGGCACGAGAGAAUUCAUACUGGAGAAAAACCUUACAAGUGCUCACACUGUGAAAAGAGUUUCACUCAGUCACGGAACCUGAAAUCACACGAGAGAAUCCAUACUGGAGAAAAACCUUACAAGUGCUCACACUGUGAAAAGAGUUUCCCUCAGUCACAAGACCUGAAAAAACACAAGAGAAUUCAUACUGGAGAAAAACCUUACAAGUGCUCUCACUGUGAAAAGAGUUUCACUCUGUCACAAUACUUGAAAAAACACGAGAGAAUUCACACUGGAGAAAAACCUUACAAGUGCUCACACUGUGAAAAGAGUUUCACUCUGUCACAAUACCUGAAAAAGCACGAGAGAGUUCAUACUGGAGAAAAACCUUACAAGCGCUCACACUGUAAAAAGUUUCACUCAGUCAGAAAACCUGAAAACACAAGAUAAUCCAUACUGGAGAGAAAUCAUACAACUGCUCUUCAUGUUGGAAAAGUUUCAGGGCAGCAAGUAAUCUACAUAGGCUUGUCAAAAUAAUUGCCCAAGUAGACACACUGAGCAAAAAGCAUCUUCACAUCCAACAAGAUUAAGUAAAUAGUUGGAAAGAUGAACACAAAGAUGGAAUUUUUACAAAUUGAGUAGCAUCCUCUAAGAAAAUCCCCUGCUGAUAUUGUACGUUUGCCCACUGACAAAAAAAUGAACAGUCUAUAAUUUUAAUGGUAGGUUAAUUUGAACAGUGAGAGACUGAAUAACAACAAAUAAAUCCAGAAAAAUGCAUGUCCAAAAUGUUAUCAAUUGAAUUGCAUUUUAAUGAGGGAAAUAAGUAUUCGACCCCUCUGCAAAACAUGAUUUAGUACUUUGUGGCAAAACCCUUGUUGGUAAUCACAGAGGCCAGACAUUUCUUGUAGUUGGCCACCAGGUUUGCGCACAUCUCAGGAGGGAUUUUGUCCCACUCCUCUUUGCAGAUCUUCUCCAAGUCAUUAAGGUUUCGAGGCUGACGUUUGGCUAU